AUGGACCUCUACUCCACCAACGGCUACCUCGAUGCCGACGACUCCGGUCCGCGCGUCACCAUUCGCUCCGCCAACGACACCACCAUCUCCUUCGUCCUGCAGCACACCUCCCUCGCCCUCGCCAACUCCCUGCGCCGCACCAUCCUCGCCGAGAUCCCCACCAUCGCCAUCGACCUCGUCGAAAUCGAAUCCAACACCUCCGUCCUUCCCGACGAGUUCCUCGCCCACCGUAUGGGCCUCAUCCCGUUGAGCACACGGGAUGUGGAGGACAUGUUCUACACGCGCGACUGCGCUUGCGACGAGUUCUGCGAUAACUGUUCCGUUGUGCUGCAACUGAACGUGGCGAACCGGAAUUUGGAUCAUAAUCUCAAGGUCUUUGCACGCGAUCUUACGGUCACGAGAGUCGACGGCACACCCAUCACCGACCCACGCAGCACCGCCCAUCUCACCAACGGCGCAGCGGGACUACAUUCCCACGCCGAAGAACUCCCUCCCCGCGGCUUCCCCAUCCUAAUGGACCCCGAGCAGAAAGGUCCCCUCCUCUGCUCCCUCCGCAAAGGCCAAGACCUCAAACUCCGUUGUAUCGCGAAGAAAGGUAUUGCAAAAGAACACGCCAAAUGGGCGCCCACGGCUGCGAUAGGAUUUGAGUACGACCCGCAUAACAAACUCCGUCAUACCACACUCUGGCAUGAAGAGGAUGCGAAGAAAGAAUGGCCGGAGAGUAAGAACAGGGAGUGGGAGGAGCCACCGCAGGAGGGGCAGAACUUCGACUUCGUGGCGGAGCCGGAGCAGUUCUUUUUGAAUCUCGAGGGGACGGGCGUGAUGCCGCCAGAUGGUGUGGUGCAUGCGGGAAUCAGGACGUUGCAGCAGAAACUCGCGACUGUCAUACAGCAGUUGGCUACGACUACGGACACGGGACAUGAGAUAAAUGGUCUAGGUGGCAGAGGGGAUGCGGAUAUGGGCGGUAUGAGCCCGCCUGACGACGGUGCUGGCACUGCGUAUGGUGGGAGGAUGUCCGCAUAUGGGCAGACUGCGUAUGGUGGUGGAACUACGCCGGCAUAUGGAGGGCAGGGAACGGCAUAUGGAGGCCAGACGCCGGCGUAUGGGCAGGGCAGUGUUUAUGGUGGGGUUGGCGGUGCGACGCCUUAUGGGAGCCGGCCGGGGUACUGA